AUGGCUACGAGUAGAUACAUUACCGUCGAAUCAAUCAGGCAGUACCACCCACACAAAUAUCGAAUUGACGGUCGACGAAGUAAAACUUGUUGUGCAGAAUAUCCUCGCACCUUUCCGCACCUUUCCGCACCUUUUCGCACACCCUCCCAAAGAAUCCUAGAGGCCGUUCAGAAAUAUUUUAGAGCAAAAUCGAUUGGCACUUUAAAGACUGGUGUCAGACCAUCCUGGGAAAACUUGGAGGGUCAGCCGUCAAUGUCUCAAUCGCUUUGGAGUAAGAGAGGAGGGAAGAGACGAUGGAAACCGCCAGUACCAGAAUAG